AUGACCAAAACAAAUCAGUGGGAAGUUAUCUUUGGAAUAUUAUGGCUAGAUGUUAAUCAAAUUAGAUAUAGAAAAUUAAAGACUCGUAAAGAGAUUGAAAAUCUUGAUAAANAAUCUACGGAUAUAUUUUGUCCGUCUUUGAUAAAUACUUAUCCAAUAAGACCGAAAGAAUUAGAAAUUGUGUCUCUUUAUGAAUUUGCAAAGUGCUAUGAUAUCACGAAGAUUAAACCNAAAAAAUCAUUUCACAAAAUAAAAUUACAUCUUCUAGAAGCAUUACAAUAUCAUGAAAAAAUAGAGAAAUUGCAAAAAGCGUUUGAAACUGCAAAACAGUUAGUUCAGGAAUAUCUAGACAACAAAUUAAACAAACAGAAUAUAUCGCUAGAGGGAAAUCUAAUAGGUAUUCAAAAUAUAGAAGCUAGUGAAGCAAUGCAAGAUUUCAAAGAUCUUGGUGAGAAAAUAGAUAAAGAUGUCGAUUCGUUGCAACUGUCCAUUCAGAUAAAUCACCAUUACGAUUAUUCGUUAGCGGAGAAGGUGGAUCAUGUAUUAAAAGUUUUACGAGCAGAUCUCGAAGAUGUUAUUUUGAUUAUAAUUGAUGAAGUGUCAAUGAUAUCUAAUUUGACUUUAAUGUACAUACAUCUUCGAUUGUGUCAAAUAUUCGAUACUAUUAAUUCUGAUGACGGUUAAUUUGGUGGAAAACACAUUCUUCUAUUUGGAGAUUUGCUUCAAUUACCUCCUGUAAACGAUGAUCCUGUUUUUGUGAGUCUAUCAAAAGAAAAAAUUAAUAAAUAUCUCGGGUUGUUGGAGGCCACUAACUUGUGGACUACAUUAUUUGACUAUGAUGAAUUAACAAUCAAUAUGCGGCAGCAAGGAGAUGAAUCUUAUCGUGAGUUACUAUCGAGAAUUCGUAUUGGAUUAGUGACUCAGUCUGAUUGUAAAAUGCUUCAAACUAGAAUAUUAGAUUUUAAAGGUCUAUCUAUGGAAUCUAGAUUGAACGAAGUUGCUAAUGAAAAAAUAGUAUUAAGUGUGGAAAAUAAAGUAAAGUGUAAUCGCUAUGUAAAAAAGAAAGUUGUAAAAACAUUGUCAAGUCAUGAAGAUGAUACUUCAAGAACAGCCGGACUUGCGAAAAAAAUUAUUAUUAAAAUUAGAGCAAAAGUUAUGAUAAGACGUAACAUUGAUGCUAGCAAAGGCCUUGUAAACGGUAUAAUAGGUAAAGUGAUUUCCGUUGUUAAAGAUGUAUGGAAUAAUACUAUAGAAAAAAUAAAUCUUUUUUUGCCGUCAGGUGAAGAAUUUUUAAUUGAGAGUGUCAAAUUUCCCGUCAUGGAAAGAAUAUAUGUCAUUAGAAAACAAUUUCCAUUGUGUCUGAGUUAUGGAAUCACUAUCCACAAAAGCCAAGGAUUGAGUUUGCAUAACGCUAUUAUGGAUGUAGAUAAUUCUGUAUUCAGUCCUGGUCAANUUUAUGUUGCAAUGUCUCGAGUAACGACUUUAGAAAGAUUUUAUUUAAUUAAUUAUGAUGUUUCAUCUGUAAAAGCUAGUGAAGAAGCUAUUAUUGAGUACAAUAGGUUAAAAAAAAUACAUAAAACUGAAACACAAAUGAUUCUUGUUUCAAAACAAAAGAUUCCUAAGGUUAAAGAUAAUAAUCCAUGGACUUCAUCAAAAGUAAAUGCUUCUGUACAACCACAAGAUCCACAACAAAAUGUUCAGAAAAGUACCGGUUGGAUUAUUCGUGGUUUUCAAAACAUAGAUUAA